ACACACAAAGUGAUUUUAAACACACUCCUGCAGCUCUGAGCGGGCGUUUUAAUGAGCUAAUUAUUUGAUUUGAGUGUGUUGAAAGCAGGGAAAGCACUAAAUGUGCAGUGCAGGGGAAGGGGGGCGGUUCCAUCUGAUUGUUGUGUCUUAUCUUGUCUUCUCUUCUGAAUAUUUGGUGCAAUUACACAUUCUCACCAGAGAGGUCUCCAAAUCCCCAAAUAUCACAAACGUGCAGUCUGUCUCUUUAAGUGAGAGUGAAAGUAAAAUCUGUUCAUUUCCUGGAUUACCUGCAGGUGUGUGAGUGUGUGAAUCGGUGUGUGUCGUGUCUGGAUCUACAGUUUUCUCAUUAAUAGAACCAGGAAACAAAAUCUUCACACUGUAAAAUGGCAGAAGCUGGUAUUUUGGUGGUUCAGGAUGAGUUAAGCUGUUCAGUCUGCCUGGAUCUCCUGAAGAAUCCAGUGACUAUUCCCUGUGGACACAGUUUCUGUAUGGUGUGUAUUAACAAGUGCUGGGAUGAGGAGGAUCAGAAGAAGAUCUACAGCUGCCCUAACUGCAGACACACCUUCACCUCAAGACCUGUCGUGAGUAAAAACACCAUGCUGGCUGAGGUGGUGGAGAAACUGAAGAAGACGAGACUCCAGGCUGCUCCUCCUGAUCACUCUUCUGCUGAUCCUGAAGAUGUGGAGUGUGAUUCCUGUACUGGGAGAAAACGCAAAUCCGUCCAGUCCUGCCUGGUGUGUCUGGCCUCUUACUGUGAAGCUCACCUCCAGCCUCACUACCAAUCUCCAGCCUUUAAGAAGCACAAGCUGGUCAAAGCCUCCAGACGACUCCAGGAGCAGAUCUGCUCUGAGCACGAUAAACUGCUGGAGGUUUACUGUCGCACCGACCAGCAGUGUAUCUGCAUGCUGUGUACCAUGGAUGACCAUAGAGGACAUGAUACAGUGUCACUUGCAGCAGAAAGAUCUGAGAAACAGAAGCAGGUGGUGGAAACACAGAGGAAAUACAAGGAGAGACUCCAGGAGAGAGAGAAGGAGCUUCAGGAGUUAAUAGAAGCUGUGGAGAAUCACAAGCGCUCUGCUCAGACAGCAGUGGAGGACAGUGAGAAGAUCUUCACUGAGAUGAUCCUCUCCAUUGAGAGAAGACGCUCUGAGGUGAGGCAGAUGAUCAGAGAUCAGGAGAAAGCUGCAGUGAGUCGAGCUGAAGAACGUCUGAAGAGACUGGAGCAGGAGAUCACAGAGCUGAAGAGGAGAGAUGCUGAUCUGGAGAAGCUUUCAUUCACAGAGGAUCACAUCCAUUUCCUCCAGAGUUUUCAGACUCUCUCAGCUCCUCCUGGAUCUUCAGCAUCACCUGCUUUUACUCUCAGUCCUCUCAACACUUUUGAAGUUGUUAUGAAGUCUGUUUCUCAGCUGAGAGGAAAACUAGACGAAUUCUGGAAAGAGGAAUUUGAGAAGACAUCAGCUGCAGUGAAGGAAGUGCAGAUCAUUCUUCCUCCUGAACCCAAAAGCAGAGAAGAGUUUCUGCAGUAUUCCUGUCAGCUCACACUGGAUCCAAACACAGCCUUUAAACACCUCCUCCUGUCUGAGAGGAACACAGUGGUGACCUGCAGCUACACAGUCCAGCCAUAUCCUGACCAUCCAGACAGAUUUGAUGGAUGGCCUCAGGUUCUGUGUAGAGAGAGUAUGAGUGGACGCUGCUACUGGGAGGUUGAGUGGAGAGGAGAUGGAGGGGUUGGUAUAGCAGUGUCUUAUAAAAGCAUCUCCAGGAAGGGAGGCUGGGAGUGUAGGUUUGGAUGUAAGAAUGAUCAGUCUUGGAAAUUGUCCUGUAAUUCCUCCAGUUACACAUUCAGAUACAUUAACAGAGAAACUGAAAUCUCCGGAGUGCCCGUCUCCUGUAGAGUAGGAGUGUAUGUGGAUCACAGGGCAGGAACUCUGUCCUUCUACAGCAUCUCUGAUACCAUGACCCUCAUCCACAGAGUCCAGACCACCUUCACUCAGCCGCUCUACGCUGGGUUUAGGUUAAACCCUCACUCAUCAGUAAAUCUUUUACUUUCAGCAAAAUAGAUGAACAUGCAGAACAAAGGGAAGAGCUGGAUGAGAUCAGAUAAGAACUGCAGAAUCUAGACUGUAGAGCUGAUCAAAUAAAGUUAUAAUAGUGCUGGGAGAUAUUGUUAAUAUAAGUAAUCAUAAUUCUGAACGGUAAUUACGUCUGUCCCAGAUUAGAACUGCAGGUACAUUUCCUGUAUGGAAAGAUUUAUUCAGAUUUAGCGUUAAAUAGUUUAAACCGUUUAUAUCAUUAACAGAGCUCACAGUAACAGAGUUCAUAUUUUAAACUUCAUAUUACAGAAUUUUAUUAUUUUUUUAACACUUUAUCAUUUAUUAUAAACUGAAUGAAAGAUCACAAUAAAAUGUUUAAAUUAUUAUACUGUUUUUUUAUCCUCAACAUUUUUACAUUAAAACAAAGAGAGAGGAAAUCUGUGUGUUAAUGCUUUAACUUUAAUUUUACAAUUAAUGUAAUAUCAAACGGAAAGAACAGAAUAUAUACAACAUAUAGUCAAAUAUAAUAGAAAAUAUACAUUUAACUUACUGUACACUACACACAUUAACUUACACUAUGAAACACAGUUUUACAAUAUUGCACUGUUGAUUGUAGCUUAAAUUUAUUAUAUUUAUCAUCGCUGUCACAUAAAAACAUUAUAUCUCUAAAGUAGCAACUUUACAUUUCUAUUUGCCCUUUCAUCAGGAAAUAUUGACACAGUAUAAAGAUAAAGUAUAAACAUAAGAUACAGUAGACAUAAGGUUUUUGUGUUACAGCAGUUUUAAACUAAUUAAUCUAAUAUAUGUGCUUCUAUGUUGAGUUGAUUUAUUUGAGCAUUUUAUCAUUUAACUCUACACAGUUCUCUGUAUUAAUUUGAUUUUAUUUGUAAUGUACUCAGAUUGUAUUCCUGUAAUCUUGUAAUGUUGUGGGAUAUAUCUUAUAAAUAAUAAAGUGGGAGCUGAAAGCUCAGAACAGAGGA